AUGAGAUUUGUUUCAUUACUUCUCCUUUUCAUUGCAACCCUUGCUAUUGUUUCCUGUGAACAAUUCACUGGAUCAGUACCAUUAGGUUUAAGCCAAAAGAAUAAAUUAGUUACACAAACUAUUCCAAGUAUUUCAUUCCCAAAUGGCACUUUCCAAAUUUCAGCUUUUCAAGCAGUUUUCCUCAAUGAUUCAUCAAAUGAGCAAUUUUUAAGACAAUCAAUUAAAGUUAUUUCAGUUGAUAUCAAUAUAAAUAAACCAGCUUCAAGAAAAAUCUUUUCAUUUACACUUUCAAAUAUUUUUGAACCAGUUGUUUUCCCAUCACCAUACGUUAUUAAUAUUCCAGACGGUUCAACCGCCUCAAUGGCUGUUUCUUAUUUUACUACUAAUGAUGUUGCUCGUAAUAUUAGUGUCAAGUAUUUCGUUAAAUACGAAAAUAUUAAAACCUUUACACCAAUCUCAAGAUCAUCUUUAGCUGCUUCACCAAAUGGUGCAGCUUUCAAUGUUACCACCGGUGGUUCACAAUUUGUUCAAUCCAAUAACUACGUUUGGCAAUCAGAUGUUUCUGCUGUUACUUUUAUGGGCACCGCAUCACAAGGUAUCAUCAGUAUGUCAUUCAUCAACAACGCUACUGGUGCUGUUUUAUGUAAAUCAACUGCUAAAUAUGUAAACGGUCUUUUAUAUACAAUGAGCCCAUGUGAUACCGUAACCCCAUUAACCAAAGGUACCACUUACACUGUUUCAGCUAUCUACAACAAUACUAAACCAAUUAAUGGUGUUUUCGCUUCAUUCGGUCUUUACACUACUUUCCCAAAACCAUCAACUACUGGCUCAACUACCACAGCCUCAUCAACCACCCACUCAACUACUGGUGGUACAACUUCAAGACCAUUAACCAGUACUACAUCAACUACCCAUUCAUCAACUACCUCUAGUGGUACAACAUCUAGACCAUUAACCAGUACUACUCAUGCUUCAACUGCUCCAGCUACUACCCAUGCUGCUUCAGGUCCAUCAACUACCCAUACAGCUGGUACUACUGGUGGUGGUUCAGAUGGUGGUAAAACUACUGGUGGUGGUGCAGGUGGUUCAGGUGGCUCAGGUAAAACUAGUGGUGGCUCAGGCAAGCACACUACUGGUGGCUCAGGCAAAUCAUCAACUGGUGGUUCAACUGGUGGUUCAUCAAGUGGUCAUCACAGUGGUUCAUCAAACUCUGAUUCUGAAUCCUCUGAAUCAAGCGGCAGAGGUUCAUCCAAUAGCGAUUCAUCAUACAGUGGCUCAUCACAAAGCGGUAGUCAAUCAGGUAGUCAAAGCGACAGUCAAUCAGGUAGUCAAUCAGGUAGUCAAUCAGGUUCAAACAGUGAAUUCACUACCACCGGCUCAAUGAGUGGAUCACAACAAACCUCUGGCCAGACCUCAGGUUCAAACAGUGGUAGUUCACCAACUACCUCAGGUACCUCAGGUACUUCAGGUACUUCAGGUUCAAACUCUGGUUCACCAAUUAGCACCGGUGAUACUGGCUCAAGCGGUUCACAAACCUCAGCUACCUCAGCUACCUCAGCUACCUCAGGUACCUCAGGUACUUCAGGUACCUCAUCUACAGGUGGUUAUACCUCUGGUGCUAUGGAAUUCAUCCCAUUCCAUUACAAAAAAGAUACUCAAAACAAAAUCGAAAUCUUUUAA